GGGGGAGAGAGCAGAUCCCGCUCUAGCCAAUGAAAGGCAGGUCUCUGGCUGUGACAUAUGCGGCAGGCAGAGUUGCUGGAGAGAGAGAGAGAGCAGGCAAAAUAAAAAUGGCAAUGUCUCUCAUUCAAGCGUGCCGCAGCCUGUCUCUGUCCACCUGGCUGCUGUCCUUCUGCUUCGUGCAUCUGCUCUGCCUGGACUUCACGGUGGCCGAGAAGGAGGAAUGGUACACGGCCUUCGUCAACAUCACCUUCUACGACCCGGUGAGCGGUGCGAACCGGACGGAGAAGACCGAGUGCGGGAGGUACGGCGAGCACUCCCUCAAGCAGGAUGCCUGGGGCUUGGCGGUGAUGCCCUCCUCCCAGCCGGAUAGACUGGCCUGCGACCCGGCCACCAAGUUCCAUGUACCUGCCCAUGCAGUGAGAUGGGUGGCUCUGAUCCCCAAGGGGAACUGCACAUUCAGGGAUAAGAUACGGCACGCAGCCAUGCACAACGCCUCGGCUGUACUCAUUUAUAACGUGGGCUCCAGCAAUGCCAAUGACACCAUCACCAUGGCCCAUGCAGGAAUUGAAGAUAUUGUAGCAAUAAUGAUCCCAGAGCCGAAAGGAAAAGAGAUAGCAAGCCUGAUUGAAAGGAACAUUAAUGUGACAAUAUAUAUUACAAUCGGCACAAGGAACUUACAAAAAUUUGUCAGCCGCACAUCGGUGGUGUUUGUGUCCAUAUCCUUCAUUGUCCUGAUGAUCAUUUCCCUUGCAUGGCUCGUUUUCUACUACAUCCAGAGAUUUAGAUACGCAAACGCUCGGGACAGGAACCAGAGGCGGCUUGGGGAUGCAGCAAAGAAGGCCAUCAGUAAACUGCAGGUCAGAACUAUCAAAAAAGGUGACAAGGAAACAGAACCAGAUUUUGAUAACUGUGCUGUUUGUAUUGAAGGAUAUAAACCUAAUGAUGUUGUCCGAAUCUUGCCGUGCCGGCACCUUUUCCACAAAUCGUGUGUGGAUCCUUGGCUAUUAGAUCAUCGUACAUGUCCAAUGUGUAAAAUGAAUAUUCUGAAAGCUCUGGGGAUACCGCCAAAUGCAGAUUGCCUAGAUGAUAUCCCUCCGGACUUUGAAGGUUCCGUGGGGCCACCCACCAAUCAAAUAACAGGAGCUAGCGAUGUAACUGUGAACGAGAGUUCUGUAGGAGCUGACCCUCCUGUUCGUACAGUGGGUGUAUUACAAGUGAUCCAAGAUGCAGAAGUACUUCCGCAGGUCGGGGACAUUAGCCUUACUGCAAGCAGUGAACAGGAGCCAGCACUCAGCAGUGAUUCUGAUAUUUCUCUCAUUAUGGCGGUGGAAGUGGGACUUUCAGAUGUGGAUCUCUCCACUGACCAGGACUGUGAGGAGGUGAAAUCCUGAGCAGGAACAUUGCUGCAAAUAGAAGGAUGGUCAUAGAAGAUGGGAAGAGAUGGCUCUCCUGGAGUUUGGACUGUUCCAAAAAAUAAAGCAUAAACAAAUCUCCACCACCAUAAAAUCUCCAGUGCUCUCCAUUCCAGGAUGACCAUGGAAAGCAAUAGCGCCAGAUGCCUGCUGUGUUCAGCACAGUUUCUUCCCGUUGGAUUUUCAGUUGGGUUGAUUUUGGGAGCAGAGGUUUCCUCCUUCCCUCUCACGUGCAAGGCUUCAAACUGCAGGCUUCCCCUGUUGUGGAUAGCGGACCUGGAAACUAAAACUGAAAUCUGAUGCUGUUUCAUAAAAAAGGAAUACGAAACAAAAAUAGAGAUUAAAAA